AGUAAUUUCCAAGAAUCUGCAUUGGCAGGUGGCGUUUCUGUUGUUGAUUUUUGGGCAGAAUGGUGUGGACCAUGUAGAUUGAUAGGACCAAUUAUUGAAGAUCUUGCAACAGAAUAUGAAGGCAAGGCAACAAUUGGAAAAGUCAAUGUAGAUGAUAAUCCUGAAGUAUCCCUAAAGUAUGGUGUAAGAAGCAUACCUACUAUUCUUAUCAUAAAAGACGGAGAAGUUGUGGAUAAGCAGUUGAAUUUGCUGAGCAUCGCCUUUAUAAUCCAGAUAAUUGAGAAGCGUGUUUCUGCCACACUUGCUGCACCAUGUUUUGAAGAUUUGACACCGCUAGAAGAAAUAAAUAAGUACAAGGAA